AUGUAUUACUCUAACCUACACAAACAAAUCGCAGCAUAUCGGGACAUUGCACCAGCCACUUUAGCUCAAUUGGCUCCCUAUGUGGAUCAAGUGGGAUUAAUUCGAGUUGGAGGACGUUUGAAGCAUUCGACACUAGACGACAACGCGAAACACUCUAUAUUGCUACCACAACGGUGCCAUCUCACCGAGCUGAUAAUUCGUACUCCUCAGCCUUUUAUGGCGGACUUCCCUGUUUCCAGAGUCACCGCAAAUCGACCAUUUUAUAAUGUGGGCAUGGACUAUGGAGGUCCAUUCAUCGUGAAGGAGAGUCGUCGACGCGGGUUCCGGACUCAAAAGGCAUAUUUAGCCUUAUUCAUAUGUAUGGCUGUGAAAGCAGUACAUUUAGAAAUCGUAACUGAUCUAUCAACAGAAUCAUUUCUCGCAGCCAUGGACCGUUUUACGUCACGCCGUGGAAUUCCGGCCAACAUUUACACAGACUGUGGCACAAAUUAUGUGGGUUCCGCGAAGCAAAUUAAGGCUUUGCUCAAAGCAAAUAAUGUUCGUCAAGCCAUUGCUUCCCAUAUUCAGUGCGAAUGGCACUUCAAUCCGCCGGCUGCGCCGCACUUUGGCAGCCUUUGGGAAGCUGCAAUUAAAAGUUCGAAGACGCAAUUGAAGAAGGUCGUAGGAGCGCAGACAUAUACAAUCGAAGAGAUGACAACACUGGUAAUAAGAAGUGAAGGUAUCUUAAAUUCUCGACCCCUACAAUCCUUAUCAAGUGACCCCAAUGACCUAGAAGCUCUCACUCCAGGACACUUCUUAAUUGGACAGCUACUCUUAGCCAUUCCUGACGAAAAUGUCACAGAGACUUUGCAAGGACGCAAGAAGUGGUUCAAACAAGCGGAGAACCUGGCCGUAGGCGAUUUAGUCGUAGUUCAUACACCCAAUCAUCCACCGAUGUCAUGGCAACUCGGACGCAUAUCAAAGGUACAUCCAGGUCCUGACGGAGUUAUCCGCGUUGUAACCAUUCGCAUAGCCGACGGCCUUCUCAAACGGCCAGUUGUUAAGGUUACCAAACUACCCGUGGAGGAUGAACGCCGCCGGAAAAUUGAUGCGUUUGGACUUAUACUUUUAUUUUUUAUUGUAUUAAGACCCGGUUUUUCAAUUGAAUUUAUUCGUCGAAUAACAAUAGUUAUUCGACAGAUAAGAACAAAUAGAUAA